GGAACGUCACCGCACCGUGUUGGGAGGAAAGCAGCGGUUUGCUGUUACUGGCUGCUUCUCAGCACCUGGCAGAGCCGCACUCAGUGCCCGAGAUAAAGUCGUGCCAAGGCGCAGAGAGAGACUUUGAACCAGUGACCGAUAAACUUUGUCUAGUAGCCGUGGUGCUUUCGGAGUCGUCAGAGUAGGAGGAGGAAAGGAGGGGGAUUUGCGGACAACUCCUGAUCCUGGCACAGAUUUGUGCUGUGUAUCUGGGGCAAAGCUGCUCUGUGCUUUGUGCUGUGCUGGAUAUAAAGUGUUCCAUCCGGAGCCAGAUAAUAGGAGACAGAGAUGAACGAAUGACACUGUUCUAUAAUGAAGACAAUGCUUCAGUGACAAAACUCAUUUAAAAAGAAAAACUCAACGUGAGAGACAGGGGAGAGAGACAUUUUCUCGGGCAGGCAGUGAAGAAGAGUGCUAUGGAGGCCACAGGGGACCAGGAGGGAGGGAACAGUGAAGACUUAACAGGGAAGAAGAAGCCUAAGUUGCAGAUCUUGAAGUCGAGGCUAUUUGGGAAGAUGAAGAGGAAGGAAAACGAAGGAGUGAUGAAGCAGAGUCAGUCAGCUAGUGACAUCAUGGAAGGCAUUCGGAACCUCGAAGACAACUAUAAAUGUUCCCAGAGCAUGCUGGGAUCCAGAGCAUUGUCACACGACAGUAUCUUUCUGUCAGACCAGUGCCAGCCAGACCCUGAGCCACAAAGGGUUCUCUCUCAGGAGAACAUCCACGGAAAAAUACGAGCAUUGCAGAUGAAGCUACAGCAGCAGAACAUACAUCUCGGCCCACCUCCUCUGGUGUUGCCCAUUAAACGCUCUGAAGAUCCUGGUGGAAGCUCAGAAGAUGAUGGACUUCCUCACAGCCCUCCUGAAAUCUUGGGAAUACCCAAGAACAUGCCAUACAAGUUUCUCAUUCCUCCCAGGAACCACAGCUCAUUAAGUUUAGGUGGGACAGGAAGUGAAGAAGAAGAACAGUCCCCCAUGGAGCCUUCAGCCCAGCCAGUUUUGCCUCGGCCUAUCAGCCCCACACCAGCUCCUGUCUCUACCUCUGUGCCUGGCCCUGGGGUGGACUUCAGCACCCCUGCCCAGUUUAUCCCCUGCCUAGACAACUCUGCUGCCCGGCACCGGAUGUCCGUUAAGCCUCGUAAUCAGAGAGCCAGUACUAAGAGCAGAAGACUGCCCACCUCAGCUGGAUGCAGACCUCGCUCAGAGAGUAUGAACAACUUGGAACGGCCUCUCACUGAAAGUGAAGAAGAAGAAGGAGCUGCUGUUACCAAGGAGAUGACCCGCGUCCGUUCCUACUCCUCACAGAUUAUUAGGCCAGGGGAGGUGCUUAGUGCUCCUCCAAUCAAAAGCCUUCUUUCUGCCUCUCCUCUAAAAUCUUUGGUGGGUACUGCAGAUGGUUACCCCAGCCCUGCUAUGAGUCUGUCAGAAGGAAGCGUCUCACCCACUAACACUUCCCUCCAGCACCCUGUCCUGAAGCAGCAGACACCAACCAGAGAAGCAGCAUCCAGCCAGAGGCCUGAGGCUAUCACUGCUAACUCAGCUGUGCCAACCAGCAAGAAGCGGAGUGCAGACUUGAGAGAGAGUCCAUUUAGCUCCAAACUAAAGAGUACCCAAGAAAGCACAGUGUCAACUGUAAGCUCAGCUGAAGAUCAUCCUGCAGACAAGCCUCUGGUGUUCCCACAGGCCUCAGCUGGUGAAGUGACUCCAAGGCAACCAUCACUGAGAAAAAACACAACUCCAUUAGAUGACAAGGUUGUGGAAAGGAAUCUACGGCAAAUCUCUACAAUACCACCACCCAGUCAUGAUGAGGUCCAACUACAGAAGGAGUCUGUAAAUUGGCAAAGGCCCAUCUCUGGGUCUUUCCAUUUUUCGGUCUCUUCAGCCAAAAGUCAUGAGAGGCAGAGAACUGGAAGUUUCACUGGAGGGGUGGCUCAAGCAGGGGCUAAGAGAGAGCCUGCACCCCCACCUAUUUCUUCAAUAAACCUCAAAACACAGGAUCACCUCAGGAGUGUACAGGUAAGGACAGCAGGAAAGGACCCAUUUUGUAUCACAGAAUCACAAAGAAAUGAGAGAGCUGCCAGCAGUCCAGCGGUACCAACCAAGCUGAGAGAUCCAACCGCAACUGUCUCUACUGGCCAAGAACAAGGAGACAGUCGAGGAAGUGAAACACAAGAGACAGGAGUAGAGGCUACAGAGGAGGAGGUUCAGGAGGGAGUCGAGGAGGCAGAUGAGGCAGGUGAAGACCUGAAAGGCAAUGAAGUUAAUGAGGAGGGAAAAGAGGAAGAAGAAAGGAAUGCAUUUGGGGUGAAGCUGCGCACUACAUCUCUUUCUCUAAAGUUACGUGCAGACAAGACCCAGUCAGAGUUCAGAGUGAAGGAGCACAGUGCUGAGGUCAGCACGCUGAACCCAUACUGGAUGAUGGAAUCUACAGCCCCUAUAGCCGAAGGCCAAAAAGACAGCAGCAUGGGACCUAUAACAGGAAACAUGGCUGCCACAGAGUCCAAAAAGUCUCCAAUCCAUAAGACUGAGGCCCUCAUCUCUGCCCAGGUCUCUAGCUAUCCACCUCAGAGUGCCAGCAGAGAAAAAGAGAAAACUACUCCCAUUAGACUGGAUGAUUUGGGAACCCCAGCUCAGCCCUCAUCUUCACUUAUUAAAGGCACUAAGCUUGUACAUUCGCUUCCUAAAGAGAGCACACCAGUGUCCUUGACCCCUAAAGAGGUCACACAAGUGUGCUCAGUUGAGAACAUCCCUAUUCCUACAUCUGUAAAACAACCACAGGAGAAUUCAUCUGAGCUGUCCUGGAUGAGCAUGGCCCGAGAAAAGACUAGGAGCCUCCAGCAGCUGUUUACAAGCAGACUGCCUGAUUUUUCUAGCCUGCAGACAACCACACGAUCAACGAAUAUAGCUGCUACGACACCACAAACUCUGACGUCAACUUUACACCCCAGUGCAGGACCUGCAAUGCCCAUACAUCAACUAUCAGCUACACAACCCUCUGUAAGACAACAACAUGUUACUUCUACUCAACCAUCAGCCACACAAGCAUCUGUAAGGGCAGCACAUGCUAAUCAGACCCCAGGCAUGCAGUUUUCCUUCAGACCAGCUGAGCCAACCACAGGUCAUUCAGGAGUUGUAGAUUUUCCAUUAAAGCGAACUCUUUCAACCACCAGUCAAGCACAAAGAACACAGCUCAGUGCUAGAUCAGGACAACUGCCUGCAGCUAGUUCAGCAACCACUCAUUCUGCUACAAAACCAGUGCAAUCAACAGCAAUGUACACAUCUACCACCCAUUUCAGCACUCGCACAGCAAAACAGUCAAUUUCCCAGCCAUUAAACCAGACACAAUCUCAGGUAACACAAUCUACCACACAGUCUAACCUACGUGCAACUCAAAACACUUCCCUUCAUCUGUCAUCAAGCACAAAAUUUGCACCUCAUCAGAUGCCUCAAGAAUCAGUUUCUCUAUUCUCACAGCCCAGCCCUCAAAUGGGUGGAGGUGUAUCCUCCACACCUUUAGGAAAAGCAAAUCGGACACCAUUGCCCCAGUGGAAAGGCCCAAUAGAAGGUACAACACAAGGUGCAGGAGGCCUGGGGAGCAAAGCUUUACUUACUGAAAGAUGGGAGAACCAAACACUUGAUACAAGCCAGGUAGAAGACCAAACAUCUACACCAGAGUUCCAAAACCAUCCUCAGUCUCUGACUGCAUUUAGAGCCAUGUCCAGUCACAGUAAGUUAACAGAAUCAGCAGCUUCCUCUGGUUCCAUGCGACUGGACAAAGAGGACAAGUGGCAGAAGAAAACAGUGCCAUCUUCAUCACCACCUUCAUCAUCAUCGCCACCUCUCCAGCCCAUCAGUGAUAGUGGACAACCUUCCUGGAUGGAGUUGGCAAAGAGGAAAUCUCUGGCAUGGAGUGACAAGACUAUGGACUGAGACUCAUAUAGGAGAACAUAGUAGAUAAUUAUGUUUCAAGAAGUGCUUUGAGUUGGCUAGCAAAAAAGAGAUGUAUGUUUGUGUGGGUGGACAGAUGGAAGAUGGAGGAUGAAAGAGUCAGCACAGGUGUAGGUAUAUACACUGCUCAAAAAAAUAAAGGGAACACUUAAACAACACAAUAUAACUCCAAGUAAAUCAAACUUCUGUGAAGUCAAACUGUCCACUUAGGAAGCAACACUGAUUUACAAUCAAUU